GGCUAGAGAGAGAGUGAGAGAGCCACGUCCAAGUCUCUCCCAUUCUCCAGCCAUGGCGUCAUCUUACGUCACCUUCUCAACGGUCACUCCGGCGAUCACCGGCAACAACAGUGUUUCCAACAUUCGAGGCUUCUAUCAAUCCUCAUUCACACGCCGCCGUGUAACUCCGUCGCCGAAUGCCCGGAGGAGGAGAACAUUCAGAACUUCGGUUAUGGCGAAAACGUCGACCGAGAAGACGACGGCGAAGAAAGCUAUGGAGUACAGGAAGUUAGGGGAUUCGGAGCUCAGUAUCAGCGAGAUUACGAUGGGCACUAUGACAUUUGGUGAGCAGAAUACUGAGAAAGAAUCUCAUGAGAUGCUGAGUUAUGCAGCUGAGCAUGGCAUCAACUGCAUUGACACUGCUGAAGCCUAUCCUGUCCCGAUGAAGAAGGAGACCCAAGGGAAAACUGAUCUUUACAUCAGUAGCUGGUUGAAGUCUCAGAGCCGUGACAAGAUUGUUUUGGCAACUAAAUUAUGUGGUUACUCAGAAAGAACAGCAUACCUGCGGGAGAAUGCGGAGGUUACGCGUGUAGAUGCAGCUAAUAUCAAAGACAGCGUCGAGAAAAGUCUCAAACGCCUUGGCACUGACUACAUUGAUUUGCUUCAAAUACACUGGCCAGAUCGGUAUGUACCACUCUUUGGUGAUAACUACUAUGAUACAUCGAAAUGGAGGGCUAGUGUGCCAUUUGUGGAGCAGCUAAGAGCCUUCCAGGAUCUCAUUAACGAAGGAAAGGUUCGCUACAUCGGUGUCUCAAAUGAAACUUCGUAUGGAGUGAUGGAGUUUGUUCACACGGCAAAACUCGAAGGAUUGCCAAAGAUCGUGAGCAUCCAGAAUGGUUACAGCUUGCUAGCUCGGACCCGUUUCGAAGUUGAUCUGGUCGAAGUAUGCCACCCAAAAAAUUGCAAUGUUGGCUUGCUUGCUUAUUCCCCUCUUGGUGGCGGCUCCUUGUCUGGGAAAUACUUGGUUACAGACCCAGAAGCUACGAAGAACGCAAGGCUGAAUCUUUUCCCUGGAUUCAUGGAGCGUUACAAGGGAUCCCUAGCCAAGGAAGCAACGAUACAAUACAUUGAGGUGGCUAAGAAGCACGGUUUAACUCCGGUGGAGCUAGCUCUCGGGUUUGUACGUGACAGGCUUUUUGUGACGAGCACGAUCAUCGGAGCUACGUCAAUGGAACAGCUUAAAGAAGACCUUGAUGCUUAUCUGGUGACGGAAGGGCCGUUAUCGCCAGAAGUAAUGGCUGAUAUUGAAGCCGUUUUCAGAAGGUACAAAGACCCUUCUUUCUUUUGAGACAAAAAAAACACUCUGGUUUCUUCUCUGUAUGAGAUGCUGACCUCACGUGAACGUUCUUUUUUCUUCUCCAUGCUUUUAAUAUUUGUUUGUACGAUAAUUAAGAACCAUUUGAAAAGAACUAUGAAAAUGUUAAAAGAAACAAAAAUCUUAAGUUUUUUGUUUCCA